AUCCGCGAUGACGAGGGGAACAUCUGGAAUUGGGGUUCUAGCUUGUAAGCGAAACCUGGUCGGGUGUCUUAUCGGACGUAGAGCGCUACGAGGUCCUUAUCAGGCCGAAAGGGGCUUAGUGAGGGGUUAGAGUGCGGCAGAACUUUUUCGGAGAUACACCGCCCUAGCUUCUCGCUUUACUAUACUUCCAGGUUACUUGCCUCCUACCCGCAGUCUCGCCCGCUGCGUACUUAUCCACCCCCUCGACUCGGCCACCUCCCGGAUUUCCCUCACACCUUCGGUUCGGCUUGUAUUCCAAUCUCUCUUCCCCCCCCUCCGACCGCGGCGGAACGGAAACCGAUAGCGAAAGCGAGAACGCGAUGGCGAAGAAGCGCGCGAGGGAAGCCGACGGCACCGCCGUCGAGGCUCCGGACAAGAUAGUCGAGGACGCGAACAGCUCGGACGAGGAAGAUGAGGACUUCGACACGGUCAACGUCGACUUCGAGUGGUUCAACUUCGACGCGGCCGUCGACUUCCACGGCACCAAGUCGCUGCUGCGCCAGCUCUUCGACGUCGACGCGGCGCGGCUUGACCUGUCGGGCCUCGCGGACCUGAUCCUCGGGCAGCCCACCAUCGGCUCCACCGUCAAGGUCGACGGCAAGGCCGCCGACGCCUACGCCUUCGUCACCGCGCUCAACCUGCGCGAGCACCGCGCACGCGAGCCCGUCGCCGCCCUGGCCCGCUACCUCGCCGAGCGCGCGCGUGCAAACGACGCGCUCGCGCCCGCCCUCGCCGACCUGCUAGCCCCCCCAGCCGCCGCCGCCGCCGAGCCCACCGUCGCGCUCGUCCUCUCGGAGCGCCUCAUCAACAUGCCCGCCGAGAUCGCCCCGCCGAUGUACCGGAUGCUCAUCGACGAGAUCGAGGCCGCCGUCGAGGACGGCGAGCCCUACGCGUUCACGCACUACCUGAUCGUGUCCAAGACCUAUCACGAGAUCGAGUCGACGCUUGACGUCGUCGCGGAGCGCAAGCGCAAGAAGGGCAGGCAGGACCCGGCCCUUUUCUACUUCCACCCCGAGGACGAGGUGCUGCAGAGGUACGCGGUCGCGCACGGGAGCUUCCCCUACGCCAACACCGACGAGGCCGUCGCCGACAGCAAGCGCGCCUUCCAGGAGAUGGGCAUCAUAUCUCGCGGCUCCAUGAUGCUGAUCGAGGCUAGUAAGUUUGCCGAGGCCGUCAAGGCGAUAAGCGACGAAUUCUCGCCGCCGUCGUAAAGCACAAUAUAAAAGGUUAAUGGGAAAAAAAUACACGCAAUGCGCCCCCGCCCGUGAUACCUAUUUUAUAUU